AUGGAGAAGGAGAUUAGUGGUUCAGAUGUGCUCUGGGCGAUUCAGAGAGCGACGGCUCAGAGGACGAGAUUAAACGCCGAUAAAAGGAAGAAGAAGAAGAUAACAGGUGUGGAGGUAUCAUCCUCCACCGGAGAUAACGGCGUUGAUUACAGUAACGUAACGCCGUUAAAGAUCAAAAGCGAUUGGGGAAAUAGAUUGGAAGAAUUCGAGAAGGUUCUCAAAGAGCUUCAAGACACGGAAGUUUGA